CCCUCAUUUUUUAUUAAAGGUUUUCCAUUAGCUGUAUGUAGGACUCACUCUUUGUCCUUCUGUAUCUGCUAGUCUGUCCUUUUCUGUAUAUUUAUUGUUAUUGUUAUAUACUUUCUAUUGCUUCUGUUGACUUCUUGAUAUUAUGUUUCUUGCUCUUAUAAUUCUACAUUGUUUAUCUUUAUUGGUUUAUUCUAUUGCUAUUGACUUAUAAUUCUGACUAUCGUGUGUAUGCAAAUUUAGGGAUCUACUAUCAUUACCCGUGGAAGAGCGACUUAAGAAAAUGCUGAAGACAUAUACACCACAGCGUUUCAGUGCUAUAAAACACUUUGCUCCUGAAUACUCCGAGGAGGAAAUUCUAAAAUUCCUACAGCAACAUGCAAUAUUGUUGUGGGGACUAUGGACUGCAAAAAGUUCAUUGCUAUAUCCUAAUGGUGGCGCAGAAUCUUUGGCGAGAGAUUAUGUCUUACUAAUGUUUAGCAAGAAUUUGAAAGUUCAGUCUUCUGAUAUGAAUGUUCGAGGUGAACUUACUACUCAUGUGAAGGAGUUCCUGAAGCAAUUUGGCUUGGAAACAGCUAAUCUUGAUAAAUCUGCUGGAGAACCAAAACCUUACUGGAAAUUCAAAGAGCGACCUGAUGAGUCAUUCAAAAAACUCUAUCCAGAUAUUGUUGAAAAACAGGAAAGACUUUUCAAAGGUUUGGAACAACAUUUACCUGGUCUUGUAUCAAAUGCUGGAAAACGUAAAAUUGGUAAAAGUGCUGUAGCAAACCAAGGUGUAAACAAUGAGGCUCUUAAAUCAGCAAGUUCUGAUCAAGGGAGAACAAGUCUGGCUGGAGUGUCUACUGGGAAAAUGACCAUGUCAAAUGAAACCCGACAUGCUCUACCAAUUGCCCUCAAGAAGCUUUUUCAGACUAACAAAGUUUGCAGUUUCAAAGUGAUAUGCCAAGGAUUGCGUGAGAUGGCAGUUUCCAAAGCCAUGCUUUCAAAGGGAGAUUCUAAAAUUGCUGUGGAUGCGGCUCACAGUCUUGAUGGUCCACAUAAUGAGUUAAUGGCAGUCAUAAAUGAAGUUUCAUGUGAAAUCCAUGGUUAUUAUGUAUUGAAAUCAUCACAAGAUGAUCCAUUCAGAGAUGUUGUAAUUGAUAUGCUUCGUGGAAGUGGACCCAAUGCCAAGCUCAAGAAGGCUGAGAUACUUGAAGCUGCAAGGAGAAAACUGGGUAGAGAGGUCCCUAACAACGAAUAUAACAAGGUCAUGAGUGAGUUAUGUGUUUCAAAAGGUUCUGUUUGGGUCUUGAGAAACGGUGAUGGAAGUAACCAAUGAUUGGGUUUUUGUACGACUUGUAAAGUCACUCCUUUCUCACUUCUUUCUGUUGUCCUGCUCAGGUAUUUUGAUUAUCACGAAUAGACAUUAUUAGAGGUUAUGGAUAAUAGUCAUUAUUCUCAAAAGUGCAAAUCUUGUCCCCUUUUUAGCUUUAGAUAGGAGAUGAAAUAGUGUUUUUAACCAAAAGAAAAAGGAUAAGAAAUUUGAUGAAAG